AGAAAAUUCAUCGCUAAGCUGCGAAGCUGUCGAGCGUUUCGAAGCAAGUUGCAUCUAGGUUUAGCAAAAUACUUUCAAUAGCCACACAGUAUGGCUGAUAUUGAAAAGCAAAAUUAACUGCUAAAUGUUGCGAAAUGUGGUUGAAAAUUUAUGGUGUAAGUUCAUCUAAUCGCUCGUUUGACGGAAACAUUCAAGUGUUGUACGGUGGUGAAUCGGUGGUUCGGUUUUGCGUGUGAGUUUCGGAGGAAAAAUCGAUUUCCAUCACCUUCGUCGUUCAACAGAAAAGUGAGAGUUUUCUGCAUCCGUAGCUGUAUUUGCUAGUGCAGCAAACAGCUGGAUAAUUUAGUCGUCGGGCUGCGAAAACGGGAAGUUUCCUCCCUACGCCUUAUCCGGAUCCCACUAGGAGCUGCUGGCAGAAUUGUGUUUACCAUCCGCCUACCCCUCCAGUGCUCGAGUUGGUGCAAAAAUGAGGCUCUAAGCCACAUCGACCAGUUUCGUGCGAGACUGGUGCAAUAACGCAACGGCUUCGUGCAGUGUCGAGCCACAUCUCGACGGCAUCAGGAUGGUGUUAUCCUAUAUCAGAUAUUUCGAUAACAUCUAGAACGCUAAAGCGUUUACGUCCGAUUACUUCUCACUCGCCAAGAGACACCAAGACAUCAGUUUCGCGAGUAAAAUGAGUCAAAAAGUAACAACAAAUGCCAACAGUGGCACUAAAUCAACACCAGUAGCAGCAUCUGGUGCUGCAACAACAACAACUUCAUCAACAUCCACGAGUACGACGGUCGUUAAUGUGAGCAAGGUAGAGAUGGCCACAAAGAUACAGAAACCGAGUGAUGCUGUUGAAAAUACAACUCCGGCAAAGGAUCGUCCCAAACCCUCCUCCACGGUACGUUCGUUGAACUUCGAUGAUCCAGAGUUGGAACGGAAACCCAUCAUCGUCGAUGUCGUAGAAAAAAAGGAGACAGAAUCGAAGGUGAAAGCUGCUGUCGCUCCGAAGGAGGAGGAAAUCAAACCGAAAAUCAUUCCAAAUGCUGCUGCAUCGCCAAUCCCGUCCGCAGUGAAAAAAGACGAAAGCAAGCCGGUUGCCGCUGCUGCAGCGGCACCCAUCGUGUCGGCCCCUUCAGUGCCCACGAAAACUAUCACUAGUCCCGCAGUUGUUUCUGCGUCCAAGCCGCCGCACAGUUGCAAUUCAAAGCCAGCCAUUGAAGCAGACGCGAAAUCACACGGAAGUCCUUCGAAAGGAAGCCUGAAAAAGAUUCACCAGCAGUCAUCGGUUAAAACCGAAGAGUGUGCUAAAUCAGCUCUGCUGAUCAAGUCAUCUUCCGUUCCUGCUCCGGGUCCUGUUGCCGUUACCACUGAUGGAGCUACAGUCUCCAACAUGCCAUUGCCUGUACCUUUGCUGCCAGCAAACCCGGUGGGUCAGCUGGUAACCCCAACCGUAAUUACUACUGCAGCGGCAUCACCAACAGCAACAAGUGCUCCUCCAUCUUCGGUAGUCCUGCGCCCGUCCUCCGGAUCGGGCUUACAAAAAUCCGCUUCCUACCGAAAAUCAUCCUACAAACCACAGCACUCACACUCGUUACGCUAUUCUGGCAGUGGAAGUGACAUUUCCAACUUAGUGCGCGUUCGAAAUUCCACACUUGGUAACUCGGCACCAACUCUGUCGAUCACCAAGGACGGAGGCUUCGGUCAGCGUCGUUCGGCAUCGUCUUCAGCAUCAGCCCGAAGUGGUGCAGUGGCUCGCCAUCGUCUCAGUUUUGUUGCCAACAUUUCGCCUCGAUCUCAUUCUCCGAUUCCCGGCAGUCCCAUCGAUAGUCCGCGAAUCAAUUCGCCAAGCAUGAUACACUUCCCGUUCGUUCCGAUUAAACGAUUAACCAGCAAAAACAGUGAUAGCCGGCGAUGGUCGGUCGCUUCGUUGCCCAGUUCGGGUUAUGUGACAACACCAGGAAGCUCCAACAUUUCGUCCCAGUGUUCUAGCCAAGAGAAACUGCACCAGUUUCCAGCUGUCCCAACGAAUGAUGAUUUGCAUAUGCUUUCACUACACUUUUCCAGCAACGACAGCAAUCCCGGAAUGGACGGACGAAGUCUUCAUCAUCACCACAACUUUCUGCAGCAGCAGCACCAUCAUCAUCACCAUCACCACCAUCACCCUAAUCCACUGCAUCAGCAUAGUGCCGUAUCUCCGCAUGCUCUUCAGCAACACCAACAGCACACCCAACAGCAACCGUUAAGUUUGCAGUCACAGCCAACCCACUGCACUAACAGUGCCCAUUCGAUCAAAUCGACCGGAGGCUGCAAAGACGAGCAAAAUAACUUUUGUGGAUGCAGAUCGCCGGUCCAUCGACCACGAUCUCGCAGCCUUAGCAGCCCGUCCCACUCGCCGAUCACCGACAAUGAGAUUUCCCUGAUGAACACAUUCUACAAGGAACGCUUCCCGAAGGCCACACAGCAAAUGGAAGAACGUUUGUCGCACUUUAUCAACGAAAACAAGAACAUCAUUCACGACAGCUCGCGGAUCUCCCAGCCGAUCGUACGCUUUGUGCACCAUCAGGUGCUGGAAAUGGCCCGCGACUGUCUGCACAAAUCGCAUGCCAAGCUAAUCACGUCACGUUACUUCUACGAAAUGAGUGAAAACCUAGAGCGGCUUCUAGCCGAAACAAAGGAAAAGUCCCCAGAGGCGGCUCCGGAAGUAACGGGCGUGGUGAAAAAAUUACUGCUAGUCAUAUCCCGCCCAGCUCGAUUGCUAGAAUGCUUGGAAUUCGACCCGGAAGAAUUCUAUCGCUUGCUAGAGGUAGCAGAAGGCCAAGCUAAAGUGACGCAGGGUAUCAAGGCCGACAUUCCGCAGUAUAUCAUCCAGAAGCUGGGUUUGAAUCGUGAUCCGAUUGCUGAACUGCAGGAGGAGCUAAUCGAAUCGUGCUCGCUGAAUUCGUCAAUAAACGAUGGGUCACUGGAUAAUAAUAAUUCGUUUUCAUCACCGAAUCAAUCUUUCCUGGGGGCAGAAGAUCGCGAUGAGAUGAACCGUAGCGGAUCGAUGACCUGUUCCACCCCGAAGGGUGCCGCUUCACUGAACAGUAGCAGUAUCAGUAAUAUCAACAAUAGCAGUAACAAUAAUAAUAAUAAUAAUAGCACUCAGUUGAAUGCAAGCAAUAACAAUAAUAUCAACAAUAACAGUAACAACAACAACAACAACAAUAGUGGUUCGAUUUGCAACAAAGGUUUCAAGGCUCGCUCUGGAAUCGGUGCGGUACCAAACGAGAAGGAUUACGACAUGCUGAAGUUGAUUUCCAACGGUGCUUACGGGGCGGUUUAUUUGGUCAAGCACAAGCAAACCCGACAGCGUUUCGCGAUGAAAAAGAUCAACAAAAAUAGUCUGAUGCUGCGGAAUCAGGUGGAGCAGGUGUUUGCCGAGCGGGAUAUACUGAGCUUCGCCGAUAAUCCAUUUGUUGUGAGUAUGUACUGUUCAUUUGAGACGAAAAAGCAUCUGUGCCUGGUCAUGGAGUAUGUCGAGGGUGGCGAUUGUGCGACGCUGCUGAAGAAUAUCGGUCCUCUGCCGUCGGAUAUGGCAAGGUUUUAUUUUGCCGAAACGGUUCUGGCGGUCGAGUAUCUGCACAGUUACGGUAUUGUGCAUCGGGAUUUGAAGCCUGAUAAUUUGCUGAUAACCGCUUUGGGCCACAUUAAGCUUACCGACUUCGGGCUGUCCAAGAUGGGCUUGAUGUCGCUAGCGACAAAUUUGUACGAAGGUUAUCUGGACAGUGAAACGAGACAAUUUUCGGACAAACAGGUAUUCGGAACUCCGGAGUAUAUCGCGCCUGAGGUGAUUUUGAGACAAGGCUAUGGCAAACCAGUGGAUUGGUGGUCGAUGGGGAUAAUCCUGUACGAGUUCAUGGUCGGUUGUGUGCCGUUUUUUGGUGAAACUCCGGAGGAACUGUUCGCGCACACCGUGAAUGACGACAUCGAAUGGCCGGAUAGUGAGGAUUGGCCAAUUCAGGAUGAAGCGAAAGAUUUAAUUACUGCGCUGCUGCAGCAAAAUCCACGUGAUCGGCUUGGCACGGGAGGGGCCCAUGAGGUGAAGGAACAUUGCUACUUUCUUGGUCUAGAUUGGAAUAAUUUGCUGCGCCAGAAAGCGGAAUUUGUUCCACAGUUAGAUAACGAUGAGGAUACGAGUUAUUUUGAUACUCGCGUUGAUCGGUAUAAUCAUGAUAUCUGCGGGGAUGACACCGAUGACAUGGAGGAUUCGCCUCUGUUCGGAUCGUUCAGUUCGUAUUCGCCCCAGUAUCGGAAGCAGCAAAGCAUUUCGGCUAGCAGCAAUCCACCGGCGGUUGUUUCACAGCCCGAACCGUUAGCUUCUCCUCUCGCUGGAUCUAAUUUACCGUCCACCGUAGCAAAGGAAAAGCCCCAACUACCGUCGCUGUUCGAGGAUAGCUUUGACUUGAAUCAGCACCCGAAGCCGGUCGGCGAUAUAAACAAGCUCAUCAUAACGCCUGAGCUGCGCAAGUUUAACAUCAACCCCUCGAGAUACAAGAUGCCAUCGACGCCGGAUUUGGACUAUCUGCCCGAGCUGGCCACACCCGAUCGUGAAGAUUUCAUCAGUCAUCUAAACCUGCGGCCCCAUCAGCAACCGGUAGCAACCACUCCCGAUACACCCGAAACGAACAAACGCUUCAGUGAUUUCUAUCCACUUUCCUCCCUGAAACAGCUUUCUACACCCGAGUCCUCUCAGACGGACAGCGACGACGUUUCGCCACAGAUUCAACGCAAGCGUAAAAUAGUACACAGCCGCGGAAUCCUACCGAAGUUUUCCAUUUCCAUCGAGGACGAUCAAAGUGGUCACGAGACUUCUUCCUCCACCCCGUCCCAGGUGGCGAUAGCUUCGUCCUCACCAUCGUCGUCGCUGAACAACCUCACCGGUGGUGGCGGAUCUUCUCGUCAUAUUGUCAAGAGCGCCUCAGCACUAGGCCUUACCCUAAUGACUUCGUCGGAUGAUUCAUCGACGGCUAUUACCACUAUCGGAAGUGCCGGCGGCAGAUCGGCCGCUGCUGGAUUGCACAAUGUCACAACGACCGCUUCGAAUCUGUCUUCUUCAUCAGGCUGCAGCACCGGCAUCACAUCGACAAUGCAUUCCGCCGGUAACUGCUCCAGUACGGCUAGCUCUCGAGACACGUCGCCGUGUCGGGAACUGAGCCCACUAGUCACUAAUCUUAAGCCACCGCUUAUAAUUCGAAGAGGUCCGCGUGGAUUUGGCUUCACCGUGCACACAAUCCGGGUCUACUAUGGUGACACCGAUUUCUAUACGAUGCAUCAUCUGGUAAUGGCAGUGGACGAAGGCAGCCCAGCGUUUGAAGCUGGUCUCCGUCCGGCGGAUUUAAUUACACAUGUCAACGGUGAAGCGGUGCAAGGUCUCUACCACACCCAGGUGCUUCAACUGUUACUUAGUGGUGCUGAACUGGUUAGUCUAAGAGCUACUCCACUGGAGCAUACCAGCAUCCAGAGUGGAGGGCGAAAACGGGAACCCUGGCAAAGUAAAUUUGCGAAAAAGUCAACGCACAGUCGAAGAAAGCAGAAAAAAGAUAACGAAAAGAAGCGUAAAACGUCACUAUUUCGACGCAUCAGUAGUAAGCGAGCGAGUGCCGAAAUGCAGCAAAUGGUGGCCGGUAUACAAUCGCCAACUUCAGUGCCACCCAGUAGAAGCUUCCAGUCGUUCACACGAUUCCAGGGCAGUCAACCCAAUCUAGCAUCUUCUACGUCAGGCAGUCCCCUGCCAGCCAGCAUCCAGCCGGUGGUACCCGCGACAUCACUUACCGCAUCGCCUGUGAAUCGUUUAAGCCUAUCACCGUUGAAUACGAUUACUCAGGCGUACCCGUCGUCGCCAUCAUCUUCACCCAGUACUUCCGCUCCCAGUACACCAACGGGAACACUAACCUACAACGAAGGAGCUCCCCUCUAUCAGCGGCCAUCAACGUUGCACGUAUUGAAGCACAAACUUCACUCGUCGCCAUGUGCUCCGAACAGCAAAGCCUUACAUUCAGCGGCCGCCACCGGAAGGCCGAAUCGGCGAAAAUCAGCCGACCAUAUGCCAUUGUCGCCACUUGCUCGGACCCCUAGUCCUUCGCCGUUGCCAGCAUCACCAACACGCUCCAGCAGCCCGCUGGCAUUCCCGGUAGUUCAUCCACUUGGAUCAUCCAACACUACCCAAUCGUACAGUCCCGGUGUUCUCCCCUGUGCUUCCACCGUUCCGCCUCCGGUUGGAAUAGUACCCGGAAUCGUAACCAUCAGCGGAAGCUCACCAACGCCUCCCACAACCAAGAAAGGCUUCCCGCGCGCUAAGACCGCCGAACCCAGUUCCCCGCUACUCCGGCGUGCUCUAUCUCCGGAUCGAUUGCAUCCUCGAACCGCCGAAAGCAAGUGCGUCUUGUCGCCGCUCUGCUGUAACACACCACUCAAGACUACCCCGCGCCAGGUGACCGGAAUUUGGCGUUCAAAUCAAAACUCCACCAUCACUACGGCAACCCUUUCACAAGCAUCCAGCGGCUCACCGUCCACGGCUGCUACUCAACCGGUAGCGGCAGCAGCAGUAGCGACAACAUCUGGACCAACUAGUCUUCAGCAGCAGCAACAGACUACAGUAACAUCGUCCGCACUAGCCGGAGUAACCACGACCAGUACGGUUUCUGGCAAGGUCAUCACUUCAGCUGCAUCAUCGUCGAUGGCCAUAACAACGACGACGGCUUCCGCCUCGACCGCUCCUUCAACCGGUCAUGGAAAAGCUACCAACGGUGGCCAGCAGCAGCCCCCGUCGCCACCGCCGCAACCACUAUCCAGCAUGGUCGAUAAAAUGAGCAUUAAAGAUGCUCCCUAAAUUAGUUGUUAACGCAAACACACACACACACUAUGAUCGUUUGCCUCGUAGUCGUUGUUUCUUUAUUUUUCUUUUUGUUUUCAUUAUUUUUAUAAGCAAACGAACGCAAAUGCCGCAAAAGCUCGUUUAUUUAUUUGAUUAAUUUCGUCGUGAUACUCUUCUAGUUGUAAGUUUAGGAGGAAAUGCAGGAUUAGCGCGCAGGCAUUGAAAUCGUGUGAAAAGGGACGAACCAACAUCAGUAAGAGGUAACUCUCGAUGUGUAAAGGGUGGAGAUUUAGCUAGCGAAAAGACCGCAGAAGUCAGUUGUUAGAGAAUGCAUUGAAUUAGUAGAGAAGUAUUGUUAGAAGUCCGAACACACGUAAAUAAUUGUAAUAUAUGAAAAACAUGGUUGCACCGAACUUUGAUUGUAUAUGUUAGCGAUUUUGAAUGGUACGAAAGAUGAAAACACUAUUAAAAUUUAACGAGUUCAAGGCAUCUUAGGAUAAACAGAUGAUAAGUGAGAAAUGAAAUUGAGAAAAAAAAAUUUACAUUUGUGUGAUAUUUUUCAAAAAAAAAUCAACUACGUAACAGGUAUAAAUUAUAGUUUCCAGGACCUAGCAAGUAGUCUCCAAUUACAAAUAUACGAAUUAUGCAAGUAACAGAGUUAAAGCAAAAUUUAAACCCAAACCACGAUAAACACCGGUUAGUCAGCAAAGUCAGAGCACAUUCACACAGUUUCCGUUAUCUGUUUGUUUUGUUUGAGCUUCUUCCUCGCUGCUGCUUCUGCUGCUACUGCUACUGAUAACAUUGCUAAUUAUACUGGGAUCAACCCCGCCGAAACUCGGAUCACCACUGAUAUCGUAAACGAAAAAUAGUUGUUCAAUCGUUUCACUAAUCGCGCCCGAUUGUUUGAUUUAGCAUUGAACGCCACAAACAAGCGAUUUUCGUGUGGAUUUGCAUGCUCCCACUCCGCUUGGGAGGCAAAUUCGGCACACUGAAAGUCCGCGAUCCGUGGUUUCCUACGAAGUCGAAAUUUCACUGUUCUAUGGUAAGGGUGAAUGAUUUCGAAGUGUUCUCAUAAACAAAUAGUAUUUAAUACUGGUUUUUAAUCCAUGCUCGCAGUGCAACUAAGAACAAUUUGAAAUGUACCAGGCGCCUCCACUUGUUUGCUUUGAAGGUGGAGCACUGUAAUCGUAAAUUGACUCGCAGAAUAUUUUUUUGGUCAGAAAUUCACCUAAAGUGCAGCAGCUUGUGAAGUGCAUCAUUACAAAGACACACUUUAAAAGCCCGUACACACGGUAACUAAUAUCCUUGUUAGACGUUGCUCAAUUUCUGCUGAUGCCAUUCAGUUGACAAUUUUAAGUACCCCAUAAUCCGAAGAUCCGUCGGACAACAAAACACCAAUUCUUCAUUUGCCUUCUUGAAAAGAAUGACACUAAAUAAAAAUUGAUGAAAUUCAUCCCACCAUUUCACACUAGAAUAUGAACUAAUUCUCUAAUCCAGUAGCGAAAGUGGAAGUAGAACCAAACAAAAAGUAACAAUAAAAAAAACAAGCUAGCAAUCGCUCACGGCACCCGUGUCCGCGUGUUUGUGUGUGUGGGUUGUCGGAACUCUAGAAAUUAGUCCACAUUAUGCAUAAGAAACUCCUCGCACGAAGUUUAGACGCUAGGCGCAAAAGAGAUAAAAAAAAAACGAGAGCUUGCAGCUCUGUUUACAACUGAUUUCAAACCUGGGGUUACACAGUAGAAACUACUAGCAAGCAGAUACAGAAUUACAGUCUACAAUAUAAUUAUUCAAUAGCGAUACACAAACAGUAUAAACGGUUGCAAUAGGUACGAUAGCUUCCCCCAUCCUCUUCAAAAUCAUUCAGAUUUUGUUUUUUAUUCUUUUUUUUUUUGUUUUCCUAAUAAACCGCUUGAAAUGCAUGCAAAGUUCAAGGAGCGGAAGAAAUGAAUACCACGAAAUGCACAUGUUUGGCAAAUUAUUAUCGAACCGUUGGAUUGAUGACGCGCAUAAGUGCGCGCAUGGUUUGUAACAUACUACAUAACUAUAAUACUUAGUGCAGGGCAGAUGAGGUCACUAUUAAAAGUUAAUGCGAGAAGCAGUGAAAGCUAAUACCAAUACCUACCAUAAUCACUUAUCAAUGUUGCCGCAGUGUAAUUAUUUCAUUUAUAGUGCAAGAAGAAGCAUGAUUCAAAAGGAAAAUAAAGCGAAAUGUAGGCGUAACCCGUUCGAAAGCGAACUGAAAAACAAAACCUACCCUAGCUUA